UUGUGUAAUAUUUAAGUUGGGCAUGAUGAGGUUAUUUUAUUGAGUUACUAUUUACUUGAGGUAUAAUUUUUUUUAAGAGGUUAGUAUUAAUUGAUGAAUUCAAUUCUUAUUUUAAGGAAAAUUAUAAUUGAGGGGGGAUGAUGAGGUUAAUAUAUGUUUUGUCUAUUAUUGUUAUAAUAAAGUAGUGGCUGGUAAGUGUCAAAUAAAUAUGACAUAUUAAGUUUGUCUUGAUUGAGUUAAUUGGUUUAAGGAAUUUGAAUAAAUAUGGUGUAUUAAAGUAAAUGAUGUUGUUAUUCACAGUUUAAACAAAUAUGGGUGCUUGGUCUGGGUUGGUGGCACCAGCCGGACGAACGAGACACGAGAAAUUUUUUCGGAUGGUAUCUAUAUUACUCAAUCGUAACUCAGUUCGUUUGGGUGGUCGGAUUCGUCGGACUCGAAACAAUCGAUCCAUUUAUCGGCGAAAAGGAUAUUGAUAGAUUUAUGUUCAGUCUCUCUUUCGUCAUAACCCACGAUCUCACCCUCAUAAAACUCUAUAUCUUCUACUUUAAAAACGACCAGAUACAAGAUAUUGUUCGCACCCUCGAAAUAGAUCUAUACAAUUUCUAUCAAAACAAUGCAAAGAAUCGUGCCACCAUAAAAAUCUCGAGAGUAAUGACAGCCUCUUUCGUUUUCUUCGGCUGGAUCACAAUUGGAAACACCAACGUUUAUGGCACAAUCUAUGAUAUUCGUUGGAAAGCAGAAGUUGCAAAAUUGAACAACACAGAUUUGGCCCCACCCAGGACUUUGCCCCAGCCUAUAUACAUUCCUUGGAAUUACCAAACGGAAGAAGCAUACAUAUCAACCUUCGUUCUUGAAACAGUAGGUCUAUUGUGGACUGGACAUAUUGUUAUGGGCAUUGACACCUUCAUAGGAUCACUUAUUCUCCAUAUGAGCAAUCAGUUCAGCAUUCUCCGUGAAGCUCUCAUCACAGCUUACGAUCGUACAAUGAUCCGACUUUAUGAGGGAGUACGCCAAGAUUUCAUUGCGAUAACAAACAGUGAUAUUGAUAAAAAGGAACAAUACACCCAGGAUAAUAUCGAAGAAGUUGUUAAGUCCCGUUACAGUAAGGAAGAAAUUGAAGUGGCUUUGACGGAGACAUUCAAAAACUGCUUUCGCCAACACCAAGCUCUGAUAGGAUGCGUUGAAAAUUUUUCCACAACUUACGCUUACGGUUUCAUGACGCAACUUCUUUCCAGCAUGGCAGCCAUUUGCGUCGUAAUGGUUCAAGUUUCGCAAGAUGCUUCGAGUCUUAAAUCUACAAAUCUUGUGACGUCGCUUGCGUUUUUCGUAGCAAUGAUUAUUCAACUAGCUUUGCAAUGCUUCACAGGAAACGAGUUAACGUUGCAAGCAUCCCGCAUAGCCGAUGCUGUGAUGCAUUCGAAAUGGGAGAAGAUGUCACCGAAACUCCGACGCCUUCUGAUGAUAACGAUGAUGAGAGCGCAGCGCCCUCUGCGUCUCACUGCAGCAGGAUUCGCGUAUAUAAACACCGAUUGCUUCAUUUCUAUAAUGAAAGCGGCAUACUCCUACUACGCAGUUCUCAGCCAAAAACAGAGCACAUGAAAAAAAUAAAAUCACACGUAACCAAGUUUUGUUUUAUUUUAAUGGAUACUUUGACACCUAAAACUUAUCAAUACCAUUUAUUAUUUAGUGAUCGACGUUUAGUACUAAAAACUAAUCUAUCACAGUUCUUCCGCAGGUAUAAAAUUAGACAAAAAAUGUUAAAUAAAUAAAUAUUAUAACUACAUUAUCCCUAUAAUCUAUUUUCGUUGCUUAUUUCUUUUGAUCACUAUUAGCAUCGUCGCUUAUCUGUACUAGACUAAACAAUAUUUUUUACAAAAAGAAACACCUUAAGUUGCUCAAUUACAAUAUCCAUCACUUUUUAUGAGUGCUAUUAGUACCAAAGUCUUCGCAAGAGCCAACUGUCGACAUUAUAAUAUAUCUACUGCUGAAAAAAUAGUUUCUGAUAAGAUUCUAACAGCUAUUUAUAUUAUAGUAACUGACUCGUUGUAAAGAGUCAUGGUAUGAUAAUACUGCAGAUAUAGCCCUGCAACAGUUUCAAAGCAACAUAGUAGUAGGUAUUGUUGACAUCUUCUCGAUGAAAUACAAUUGAUAGUAACAUGUUGAUAAUGUCUAGUUUAAUUGUUUUCUCAUUGGCUGCUCCAUCACAAUGCACUUGAUAUUUCAACGUUAAUUGUUUACGUUUGCUACAUCAGAGCUCUAGCAGAGGCGGUUUUGGUGUCACCGGUCGUGAUCUAUCCGCUUCAGAAAUAUUAUUAGACUUCACAUCUAAAACCGUCAUCUCCUCAGAUCUGA